CUCACCUAGCUUAUGUUCAACUUGGCUCACCAAAUAAAAGCACUUGAAAAACUAACUUCUUGACAUAAUCUCUCAGGUUUACUUGGGGUGAAAAUAUGGAAGCAUUGCACUCAAUGCAGUCAACAGAGAUUUCGGAGCCAGCCUGCAAUAAGAAACUGGCUCAGGUGUUUCGAGUUCUCAGCAGGAGGUUACGGCGUUUUUGCUCAAAGAUACGCCGGUGGUUUGGGAGGCGUCGAAAGGCUAAAGUUGUGAUCAGAAGGUUUGGGAAGCUGAAUUGUAAGGGUCAUUUUAGAGAAGUGAGUGGCAGAAACUCUCCCAAUCAUAUAAAUGGAGAUGUGAAAGUUGCGCUUGGGAAAAGGUCAAUCCGAGUUGCAACUUUCAAUGCUGCCUUGUUUUCGCUUGCACCUGCAGUCCCUAAGGCUGAAAAAUCACUUGUUUUCUUCCAUGGAAACGAUAAUUAUAAGCCGGUGAAUAGUCGCCCGAAGAGCAUACUUAAACAAUCUCCCUUGCAUCCUGCAGUGGAGGAUCCUGAGCUAAGUUCAAAUCAAAGCAAACUAAUAAGAAGAGUUUCGAUCAAUCUUCCUGAAAAUGAGAUCUCACUGGCUCAGAACAAGCUGCUUAGCUUUGUGGAAGAUUCUUCUUCACCAAACCUUUUGACUUUCAAUUCCAACAGCAUGGCCCCAAUGAGAUCUCCCAUAUGUUUUCCUCUGGGUAUGGCUAACUGGAUGAAUGACGGGAGCCUGACGACUGGAAGACAGACCAUUUUCGACGUGCUUAAGGAAGUGGAUGCUGAUAUCUUGGCUUUGCAAGAUGUGAAAGCUGAGGAAGAGAAAAACAUGACUCCAUUGUCUGAUUUGGCUGAGGCAUUAGGUAUGAACUAUGUCUUUGCUGAAAGCUGGGCUCCUGAAUAUGGCAAUGCUAUUCUGUCAAAAUGGCCAAUCAAGAAGUGGAAAGUUCAGAAAAUCUAUGAUGAUAAAGAUUUCAGAAAUGUGCUCAAAGCUACUAUUCUUGUGCCAUGGAUGGGAGAGCUGAACUUCUACUGCACUCAACUUGAUCAUUUAGAUGAAAAUUGGAGGAUGAAGCAAAUCAAUGCAAUCAUUCAAUCCAGUGACCAUCCUCACAUUUUGGCAGGUGGUUUAAACUCUCUUGAUGCCUCUGAUUAUUCAUUCGACAGAUGGGCUAACAUUGUGAAGGUAAAAAACAUGAAGUUUUUUGCCACAAAUUUUUGGACAUUUCAAUGACCUCAAAAACAGAUGACCUGGACAGAAUUUUACUUCUUUUUUCACUGUAACUUUUCUUUCUUGCAGUACUAUGAAUCGCUAGGGAAACCAACACCAAAAGUUGAAGUUACCAACUUCUUGAAGGAAAAAGAGUACACUGAUGCAAAGUACUUCCCCGGCGACUUUGAGCCUGUCGUCAUCAUUGCCAAAGGCCAAAGUACUAUAAAUGAAGAUGAACAUUCCAUGACAUGAUUUUCCAGCCUUUUAAACUUCCAAAAUCAUGCAUUCAUUUUUUAUUUUUGCCUUCUUUUUCUUGAUGUAACAGGUGUACAAGGGACUUGCAAAUAUGGAACUCGGGUGGAUUACAUUGUGGCAUCUCCUGAUUUGCCUUACAACUUUGUACCUGGAUCUUACUCUGUCAUUUCUUCAAAAGGGACAUCUGAUCAUCACAUAGUGAAGGUGGAUAUCGUGAAAGCGGUGCACUCUGCUGAAGAGAUCAUCAACAAGAGAAGGAAGAAACUGAGACAAAGGGUUGUAAAGAUCACCAGUUCUUGUAAUUCCAGAGGACUUUGGUAGUUUUUGGAAAAACCAGUAUACAUACAUAUCCACCUGUAACGUUGUUUAUUUCAAACCAGCUCAUUGUACGCAAAAGUAACAUCGAGUUAGUUUAAGUAGUAUAUCAAUGGACUGUAAUGAACAAAAAACAAAGCAUUAAAAAAAUCUUCAUAUAAAGCACACAGAAAAUUUAUCAAACAUUACAUUGUCCGAGUUGCAG